AUGAAAUGGCAUGAUAAACGGGAUGUUAUCAUUAUAUCGUCAGAGUUUGUGGAUGCUAUGAAUGAAUAUCGGGCAAGAAGUGGCAAAGUAUCAGAAAAGCCGGAGUCUAUACUAAAGUACAAUGAAUUUAUGGGUGGUGUGGAUCGUAGUAACCAACUAAUAAGCUACUAUCCUUGUGAAAGGAAAACACUAAGGUGGUAUGCUAAGAUCGCGUUACAUGUAAUUAUGAAUAAUGCGUUCAUACUAUAUAAGCAGCAGCCUGGAAAAUGCAAUAUCAGAUUAAUAGACUUCAAAGAUUCUGUGAUCAAUAAACUCAUUUAUAAACAUAGGCCAAAAAUUGUAACUCCAACAUAA